AUGGUCCCCGUCGUCGCCGCCGCGCUCAUCGACCCCUCCGACCACCUCGACCGCCGCUGCGUCAGGGCCGCACGCCGCAGCUUCUUCGAGCUCAGCCCCUUCCCCAAGGCCGCCGUCGCCGUCGCCAACCGAUUCAUCCUCGAGGCCAUGGAGAACGAAAAGAACGUCCACGUCAUCGACUUCGCCGGGCCCGCCGCGCAGCCAUGCCAGUGGGUCCAACUCUUGCGCGACUUCCACAGCCAGCCGGAGGGCGCGCCGCACCUGCGCCUCACCAUCGUCCACGACGACGGGGAGUUCCUCGCCAAGGUAUCCGAGUCGCUGGCCGACGAAGCUGACGAACUCGACGUGCCGUUCCAGGUCCAUUGCGUCGCCGGCCAGAUCGAGACGCUGGAUCUGAACGACCUGCACGGCGUCCUCGGCCUCAAGUCCGGCGAGGCGCGCGCGAUCGUCUGCACGACGCGGCUGCACCGCCUCCUCGCCGCCGCCGAUGACGCCGCGAGUAGUAGUAGCCUCAGCAGCGUCGGGCACCAUUCGAACCAGAUGGCGGCGAGCAUCGCGCGGCUGCAGCAGAUGGCGGCGUCCGGCUCGUGCCCGGCGACCAUCUGCGGCGCCGCGUGCGAGGACGACGACGGCGACCCCUACCGCAGCCCCGCCACGCCGCUGGGCUUCGUGUCGCCGCCGCUAACCACCCCUCCGUUCCAGAUGAUGCCGGCGGCGCUGGAGGCCGGCCACAACGGCGCCUCCUUCCGGAAGCGGUUCGCCGAGGCGCUGCGCUACUACGCGGCGGCCUACGACAGCCUGGACGCGGCGGCGGCGGCGCGCCGGCGGCCCGCCGCGGAGCGGGCGGAGGUGGAGCGCGCGGUGCUGGGCGAGGAGGUCCGGGACGUGCUCCUGCGGGAGGGCUCGACCGGCUGCAGCAGUGGGCUCGGCGCAUGGAGGCCGCCGGGUUCCGCGGCGUGGCGCUGA